GAGUGAGUGAGUGAGGCUAGCUCUCUACACCUAAACCCUUAGCCUAAACAAACAACGUGUCCCGUCAUGAUUAUGGGCCUGUUAUAUUUUCCAUGUAACUAAGCCCAAAUAACUCCGCAUCCUACUUUCUUUCUUUCGGGCUUUUCCCCAAAAUAACUGUCACUCAGAGCAAGACAUACACCGAUAUGAUGAUGACUCCUUAAAAUGCAACCUGAUUAAAACAUCUCUUACUAAAAAAAGUAUAUAACUUGUCCCUAAGUUUUAUCCCUUUAAAUAUUCUAGUAUAUUAAUGUUUAUUUAUUUUUUAAACAAGGCUUUAAAAUUUGUGUACAUUUUAUUGAUUUAAUUUAAUAAAUAGUCAGUUAAGAAGUUGGUCCACUGAAAGAAGAACUGGAUUAGCAAAAUCCAUAGAAAUCAAUCAAUCUCAUCUAUCAGACGAUUAAAGAUUUUGAUUUGACUAUUAAAUUAAUGGGUGAAAGAAAGAAGGAAAACAAAACGUAUUGAGGCAAAUACCCGUUUGGGGUUUCUUAUUAUUGUUUGAAUGAAUAAUCUUACAAACCCUUAGACCCAUAUUUAUAGCAGUUUCAAAACCCGAUUUCCUUUAUCUUUUAGGAAUACAUACUUAUCUAGAAAAGGAAAAUUUUUCUAAACCCAAAAAGGCAUACCGUACCGCGGGGCCUUCGACCCCUGCACCCCCAAAUGUCAACCUUGAUAGAGAGUUUAUCGUCCGAUCCACGAGUGAUGGACUUUUACUGGUGCACAGAGAUUUAAGACACACAGAUGCAACAAGUUUGAUUGUAAAUUAACAGCCAAAGGAAGAAACUCUACCGAUCCAGGUUUUUUUUUUUUUUAAUCUCCAAUUUUGGAUGAUUUCCAUCUAUUUUUAGACAAAGAAAGAAGAUAACAAACAUAUCUUUGUCUCCCUCUCUUUACGGUUUUUUUUUGUUCUUGUUGUUGUUGUUGUUCAUCUGAGUCUGAGAAAACCUCAUUUGACCUUCCUUGCCAUUAUAUUUUCGAUUUGAGCUUUCAACAAAGAGGCAAAUCAGCAAAUGCCAUUCUGUAUUAUUACAAUCAUUCUUCUCAUAAGCUUUCUUUCUUUCUUUCUUUCUUUCAUGCUUGUCCCUUCGACUUCUUCCCACUGCAAGGCGUCCGCAUGAAUAUUUUAUUUCUAUGCAACUGUUCAAUUCUUCUACCCUGUUUUCCUUUCUUUUUCCACAUGACCUAACCCCAACUGCAUUUCCAGACGUUUUGGCCCAUAUUUCUUAUAUAUUGGUAAAUUUUCUUGUUUUGUUGCUGGGUAAUGGGGGUCUGUUGUAGCAAGGGCACAGGGAUAACUGUGGAAAAUGGCACGGAAGAUAGUAAUGAACAUAGAGAUAGGGAGGCUGAGGUUAGAGACACAAAUGAUGGUGCCAUUAUAAGGUCUCGCGGAUCAUCUAAACAUGUCUCCAUGGCUAUCAAACAAGGGAAAAAGGGGAUCAAUCAAGACGCCAUGACAGUCUGGGAGAACUUUGGUGAGGAGGAGGAUAUGAUCUUUUGCGGUGUAUUUGACGGCCACGGCCCAAUGGGUCACAAGAUCUCUCGUCAUGUAUGUGACAGUCUACCUUCAAGGGUCCAUUCGAGAAUCAAAGCUUCAAAUAUUAGUUCACAGAGUCGUCAGGAGGAGGGACUCUUCCGUGAGCUCGAGGAAGUUCUAGUUACAUUCUUCAAGCGAAUAGACAGCGAACUUGGUCUUGACUCUCCUUAUGAUAGUUUUUGCAGCGGCACAACUGCUGUUACCGUCCUUAAACAAGGUGACUGCUUGGUGAUCGCAAACUUGGGAGAUUCACGAGCCGUUCUUGGCACCCGUGGAGGCAAGAGCAGUCUCAAAGCUGUCCAACUCACGGUUGAUCUGAAACCCUGUGUUCAACGGGAAGCAGAGAGGAUAGUAUCAUGCAAAGGAAGGGUGUUUGCUAUGGAAGAGGAACCUGAUGUACACAGAGUGUGGAUGCCUGAUGAUGAUUGCCCUGGACUUGCAAUGUCGAGGGCUUUUGGUGAUUUCUGCCUCAAAGACUAUGGACUUCUCUGCAUCCCUGAGGUCUUUUGCAGAAAAGUCAGCAGAGAUGACGAGUUUGUGGUUCUAGCCACCGAUGGGAUUUGGGAUGUGCUGUCAAACGAAGAAGUGGUGAAGAUUGUAGGUGCAUGUAAGGACCGGUCAAUAGCAGCAGAGACGCUGGUUCAGAGAGCCGCUCGGUCAUGGAGAACAAAGUUUCCAGCCUCUAAAGCUGAUGACUGCGCCGUGGUGGUGCUUUUCCUGAACCACCGGCCAUACCCAAGAGAAGGAAACGUGAGCCGAGCGGUAUCGACUCUUUCUUGGAGAUCAGGUAAGAGCAAUAACGAGGGCCAUUGAAUCUACGGUUUCAUAGUUGGAUCAUUGUUAUCCACUUACUUAUUGUUUUGGGUAACAAAUUUUCAAAACAUUUGAACCUGUUGAGUCUGUUGUCGAUUCUACUCAACGUUGAAGCUUUUUAUUUGUGUAUAAAAUAACUUUUGUUUGCUACUCAACAUGAAGCAACUGAAACAAGUAAAAGUAGACUAUAUACAAUGCACUCAUUUUUUUAGUAUUUAAA